AUGUAUGUGAUUCGCGACGUCCGCUUCCUCGACUACGACUGCCGGUACAUUGACCCCAGCCACCUCCGCCUCGUGUUACAGGGCGUCAAAUGCAACGCCCCAGCGGCGCGCCGCCGGCUCACCAUCCAGCUCUCCAAAGGGCAGACGGUGACGGUGUCGGAAGGGUGGCUCGCGGAGUACGUCGACUGGUUCGACGACUUCGAGCCGUUGGACCUGUUUCGGGUCGAGUGCCGCCUUGCCCCCUACUCGCGCCGCGUCCAGGACGACCCCGACUUUGAGUACAUCGACCAUAGAAUCACCUACUACCACGCCGGCAACUGGCAGUGA